AUGGACACCUUUUCGUUCUCGGAGAGCGUAGCAGUCCGCUUUCCUUUCUCUGGGUUUUGCGACUGGUGCAAGGAGAGCGCACAUGAAUCCAGAGGUGGAAAGCUGAAGAAGUGCACGGGAUGCUCUGUCGUGCGGUACUGCGGUAAAGAAUGCCAGGUCGCCGCAUGGCCAACGCACAAGUACAUGUGUCGGUCAAAGUCGAAGGACGACGCCGCCCAGCUGGGCUACCCCUCCGCCGCCUGCAUCGCCAGUGCCCUCAGAUACUGGGCGACUAUCCAUAUGUGGUCCUUGCGAACAAUCACGGAGACGAACGCACAAGGGAGAGCAGCCAAGGCUUUCCAGGUCGAAGAAGGCGGCAUGGUCUUCAAGGACGAUCGCGAAUUCCUGCGAUCGCAGUGGGAACUCAUCGAGAAGACAUGCAAGACUUUGACCGACUCCAUGCGGACGAAGCUGGCCACUGAGGCUGAGCGGCAGGCAUUCGCGGACUUCCUUCCUGCCGCAUUCCAUUUCAAGACGACGGGGCUGGUUUCGUUUCACCAGUACCCCAUUUAUCGGCUGCGGGAGCAUGGAGCGGGUCCGUCGUAUGAGCAUGCGCACAGUGAGGAGAACUGCCACUGUACACUUCUCCAUGACGUCGCCGUGAUGUGUGUCGACUCGAUCAAUAGCGGUAUGGUCCUUCGGGCUCCGGGAGGCGACGACAACCAACCUCUCCCGGACGUCUGCUUUUACCGCCGGACGAAGAAGUCUUGGGAGUGCGUGCGUCUGAAUUGGGAGUGGGACAAGGUCGGCGUCGACGUACCAUCACCAUCCAGGUCUGGGUUGUACCCUGCAGAGAUCUACAGGCGAUACCACCAGCUCCUCCCGCACCGGAUGUACCAGUAG